CGUGAAGCCAUAUAUUAUAUCUCAUCGUUCACGUCAACCCUACUCCUCCUCCUUCUGACCACCAUCCCUGAUUCCGCUGCAGUGUCGCCCGCCUUCGUUGGCUCGGCCCAGUCUUGAACCACUCGUUCUGCGCGACCUCGCUCAGAUCGCGAUAGUCAGAAAAUGAUAACCAAGGCGAUGUCCCCAGCUGCGAUCACGCCGCAGAAGCGGAAGGGACGCCAUUCGCAGGAAGAAGCGACCCCCGAUGCGAGUGAUGCGCCUAGAGAGUCCUCUGAGGCUCUGAGCGAUGACAGUGAAGCCCGGCCACCAAAAAAUGAAUACGAGACGGGUCGCGUCAAAUGCGAAGGAUGCGGUGAAGAGGUCUCGUUCAGAGACGAAGCCACGGGCGGCUUUACCCUUCAACUUUGGGAUUCGCACCGACUUAAGUGUCCCAACAGUUCGCAGCCACAAAUAGCUCAAUCCUUGGCGCAAUCGGCGCAAACGAGGCAGUCAGCAGACACUUCCGUUGACACAGAGCCCCAGGCAAAGCGGAGACGAUCGAAGCGAACUGAAGAAGAACGCAUUGAUUAUCUGCGCAACGACCCCUAUGUCGCACAGUUCGAAGCCUAUCGCGUGUUGUGCGCAUGUUGUGACAAGUGGAUUCGGCUUCGACCGAAUUCGACGUACUGUUCCAUACCAUGGGACGCUCACCGUAAGAGCUGUCUCGCAAAGAAGGCUAAAUACUUCCCGGCCGGCGCGAAGACGGUUUGCGACGAUCGUGGUAUCAUCUUUGCUGCAGAUCCCAAUGUCCGCAAAUUCGACUCGGAGCGCGUGCUAUGCAGAAACUGCGAAGGCUGGGUCAACAUCGGCAUUGUCGACAAUGCGCAAGCUUCUACAAUAUGGGCCGAGCACCGCGGUUCCUGCCAACGAAACGUCUUCUAUGGUCAGGGAAGCAGUGGCAUGGUAAUGAGUGUCACCGUCAACCCUGCCAUUCAGGACGUGCCCCCACCGCCGAAGCAUCUGCUUGCCUUGGCGUCUUCAUCUUCCCUUCCGCCUCCCGUUCUUGCACCGGUUAACGGUACAGGAGCUUCCUCCCCCGCAACUGGUAGCUCGGUCGCGGUCCUUACUACUCCGUCGUUCAAGGAUUACAGUCCAACGAACCAGGAGUCUCGACGCCGUACUGCGGAGCAACGGGCCGCCCAACUCCGGGCUGAUCCUCUCGUUGGCGAGGUCGAGCCUACUCGCGUCUUCUGCACUAUGUGCCACAAAUGGGUGCAGCUCCGGCAAGACAGUACAUACUGUUCUUAUCCCUGGGAGCAGCACCGAGACAAAUGUCUCAAGCGGCAGCAGACGCGUUCCCAAAAGGACAGCGAAUUGAGACACCCCGGCGGUAGUCCGCUCUCAAUGGGACCUUCCGAUGUCGCCAUGCGUUCGGAGGGGACUACCGCACUGGGGGACGCUGAAUCCGAGGAGGGCGUGGAGUCCAUGGACGAUGGGGAAAGGCCGCUGCAUUGGACGGUGCGUCGUGAGGUAAACGACGUGCAGGCUGCAGCGAGGCCUACCGCACGAGCGUCCGUGAGGCCUGGUGUAGGUCCUCGAGGCUCCUCCUCAUCGACCAUCGAUGGGUCAGAAGGUCCUGCGGGCCCAUGGGCUGACAAGAUGGAUGUCGACCGUUUUCCUUCGCGUCUGUCCGACCUUCAGACACCAAAGGGGCGGCUGGACUAUACCUUCCGUGCAGUUAUGCAUCUCUUCAACUCGACAUAUGAGCCGACGGACGAGCUGACCAUCGCCGCGCUCGUUACCUACCUCAACGCCGCGCUGCCGCCCGACAAGCAUGAGGAUUUCGACACUGCUGAAGUGACGAAGGCGGCCAUGGCGAUGCAGGCACGUGGUCAUUUUGUUUUUGAGGGCGACGUCCUUCGCAAGAGGAACUAGGCAAACUGUAUUCUGUUCUUGCUCCGACACCACGGACUGUUUAGUAAACCAUCUUGCCACACGUACUCAACAUUUGAA